ACUUAAAAGCAACCAUCACCACAGCGAUUCAGAAUCUUCUGGCCGAGGAAGUGAACGUGGAAGGUCGUCUUUCAUUUAGUCCGUACACAGGUCGCGUGCAGUUUAGUUUUUAGCGUUUCGUAUUUCGUUUUUCUUUAUUUUUGUUCGUCGUUCUAUCUUUGUUAAACAUAAAAGCGUAAAAUGGCACAGAGUUAUGGUAGUACGACUAUUAAUCAGUCGACACAGUCGCAUGAGGACAAAAAAGAUGAAGUUAGCAAUUUUCGGCGAGCGCUUCCCCAGUUCUGUGUGGUGGGUGUGAAAAAUUUAAUUCUGCUGGGAUGGGGUUUGAUUCUUGGUUAUCCCACGCUAUUGAUACCUGGGUUGACUGAUACUACUGGCCAAUACAAAGGCGAAAAUGCAACGGAUCAACCAGAUUUUGUACUGAAUGAUGAUCAAAUCUCUUGGAUUGGAUCGAUCAAUUUAUUAUGUGUACCAUUGGGAAGCUUAACGAGUGGAUUGCUCAUGGAUCCCGUCGGUAAACGAAGAAUGAUGCAGCUCUUGAAUUUACCAAUGUUGGCUGCCUGGGCGUUAUUUUUCUUCGCAAAAGAUAUUACACAAAUUUAUCUCGCUCUUUGUUUAUCGGGAAUGAGCGGUGGGCUGUUAGAAGCACCUUUGUUGAUUUACAUUGCCGAAACAGUGGAACCACAGUAUAGAGGCAUGUUAACAGCGUCUGGAACAGCGACUGUUUUGGGUGGUGUGUGCCUUCAGUUCAUCAUUGGUUCGAUGUUGCAUUGGCGAACAGUGGCCGCAAUAUCGGCAAUAAUUCCAUUUUUGGCAUUCAAUGCGGUAUUUCUGGUUCCUGAAUCUCCCUAUUGGUUAUACUCAAAGAAACGUAUCGAAGAUGCACAAAAAUCAUUGAAAUGGUUGCGAGGCUGGACAUCGUUCAAAGCAAUUGAAAAUGAAUUCGCGAGCGUUGCUAGUUCUGUCGAGGAUCUUCAAGCACAACAGAAAGCACGUUCCAUUGAAAAUAUUACUGUCACCUCAAAGCUGAAGCCAUUCAAAAGACGCACAUUCAUUCUGCCAUUCCUCCUUAUUUUCGUCGGUUUCAUAUUUGGCCAUUUCUCCGGAAUGACACCACUGCAAACAUAUUCCAUUCAGAUUUUGAGCUCAUAUCGCGUUCCAAUCAACGAAUACUACGCGACAAUUUUCCUUGGAGCUGCUCAAGUGAUUGGCUGUUUGAUUGGUAUGGUGUUUGUGCGAUCAAUUGGCAAACGUGGUCUGGUAUUUGCAUCAUUCAUCGGAUGUGGUUUAAGCUUCUUUGCCUUGGCAACACAAUCACAUCUUCGCGAAGGAUCAUAUCAAGUUGAUUUCAAGCCAAGCCCAAGCCCAAGCCCAAGCCCAAGCCCAAGCCCAAUCACACUCAAUUCCACAAUCGACAAUCUCGAACAAAAUGUUCUCAGCUCCAUUGUAACACUACGUAUUCGUAUUGACAAGGAGGCCGCUGAUGAGGCCAUUCAUAUUACUAGCGAGAAUGGAACGAUUCCAGAAUUCCUUGAAAUUGGCAAUCACAAAGUCAACACUAAUGGAUUCAGACAUAUCGACCAGCAUAUUCUUACAGAAGUAUUAAAAUUAGCCCUGCAUGGGGCAAAUUAUCGUAAUUUUACGGAAAUGAAUCAGCAAAAAUUGAAGGAGUUCUUUGAAAAAGCCGGCCUACUCGCCAAUCCGAACAGUGUCAAUCCAAAGAAAUCAAGUCAAUUAGUGAAUGCGACCGACGUUCAAAUUGACACCGACAAACUUAUCGAAUUGCUAAACAUCAGCAAGAAUAUCAUUCUACCAUUUAUGCCAAACGAAGACAGCCGACUUGCAACUUCGCGAAUAGUUGAGAAAAUUGAACAGAAUAUGUGGAGUGUAUUGACAUCAAAUGACACUAUUAAGGAGUCACAGCUGGCAACCGAUGUGAACGAAUUGGCUACAACUUUGUCGACGUUCGUGCAAAAUAUUACGGUUGGAAAAAUGGCGGCCGAACAGCAUGGUGAAAGCGAAGAAAAUUAUCGCUGGGUGCCAUUGAUACUAUUGCUGUGCGGUUCGAUGUUCGCACAUUGCGGUGCUAAAUUGUUUCCAUGGAUGUUGAUUGGAGAGUUGUAUCCAAUGGAUUGUCGAAGCGCGGCAGCUGGUUUAUCCAGUGCAAUUGGCUACUUAGUCGGAUUCAUGUCAAACAAAUUAUUCUUGAACAUGGUGGCGGCGUUUACACUGAACGGAACAUUUUGGUUUUAUUCAGCCGUAGCCGGAUUCGGAUGUAUCGUUAUGUUCUUCACAUUGCCCGAAACGGAAAAUAAAACUUUGGAAGAAAUCCAAAUGUUUUAUGUGAAAAACAAGGAAGUCCGGCCCAAUCUGCCAAACAUUGGUUUGAAACGCGAUGGGACGAUCAAUAGCCAGCGCGGAUCAAUGACGCGUGUAAAUGCAUAAAGUUGUGAAAUGCCGUCGUCAUCAAGUAGAUUUACAUUUUCAUUUUAAAUUACGAUAUUUUUAGUUUUGGAUUUAUUUCAAAGUGCUUAUGAUAUUUCUAAUUAGAAUUAAAUGAAUUUUGGCAAAAUUUGCCAUUGCUUGUGAAA